AUGACCGACACAAGGUCAAAGCCAUGGCGGGACCCCUCCCUCCCCGACGGGGACUGCAUUCACGCGACAGACGCCCAGCGGCAGGCGCUCGUCGAGGCCGAGUUCGGCGCCUACCCCACGGCCAGCUUCAACGACGUCCCUUUGGCCCGAAACGUCUCGCGCGUCUCGGCUCAAUCGGGUACACAACACGUCCUUCCUUCUGGAGUCGAGGGCUACGAUGAAAAGGGAAGAGGUGGAGCGGGAGGGCAGACAUUGGAGUACCAUGCCGAAAAGGGCGAGACGGAGGCGCAGCGGGAACAUGACGAGAACCAAGUCCUCGAGGAGGCCAGUAGGAUGGAGUACGUCGAGCCGGGAUGGAAGGGGUGGCUGAAUUGCGCUGGAAGUUUCCUGGUUAACAUGCUUUGCUAUGGAAUGACACAGUCAUGGGGUGUCUUCCAGCAAGAGUAUGCCCACGGCAAGCUGAGCAGCACGUCGGGUAUGGCUGUAUCCUGGAUCGGUUCUAUCCAGUUCGCCCUCCGUCCGAUGCUUGGAUGCGUUUCAGGACCUCUUCUCGACUGUGGCUAUCUUAAGCAACUCAUGAUGGUCGGCGGUCUCCUGUACACUUUCUGCCUCAUGAUGGCCUCCCUGUCAAAGGAGUACUGGCAAGUCCUUCUGUCGCACGGUAUCGGCGUCGGUAUCGGGAUGGGUCUCAUCUUCUCGCCGUCUGUCGCGACGCUGUCCCACCACUUCGCCCGGAGUCGAUACCGCACACUCGCCUUCGGCCUCCAGGCCUCCGGCUCCGCCAUCGCCGGCAUCUUCCUCCCCAUCAUGCUAAACUACCUCAUCCCCGCCGUCGGCGUGGACUGGAGUCUGCGCAUCCUCGGCUUCCUCGUGCUCGCGUUCAGCGCCUUUGCCUUCUUCGCGCUCAGCACGACCGUCGCGCCGCGGAAGAAGGUCGCCGUCCUCUCCCCCGAGGUCUUCCGCAACAAGGCGUACACCGUCUACGUCGCCGGCGCCUGUCUCGCCAGUAUGGCCAUCUACGCGCCGCAGACGUUCGGUGUGACAUAUGCAACAAGCAAGGGCGUCCCCGUCUCGCUGGCCAACUAUGCCCCCGCCAUCGCGAACGGCGUCAGUCUCUUCGGCCGUAUCAUCCCCCUCUUCUUUGCGCAGCGCAUUGGUCCCAUCAACGUCCUCGCCGCCUUUGGAUCGGCGAGCGGGAUCAUGAUGUACUUCUGGACGCUGACCAACUCGGUCGGCGCGAUCCUCGCCUACGACGCCAUCUACGGUAUUGCUUCUGGAGGCUAUGGCGCCAGUAUGAACCCCGGAGCGGCCUCUUUCGCUCCGCACACGAACCAGGCCGGCUUGUACCUCGGCAUGUGCUUCUUCGUCUCGGGCUUCUUCUGGCUCGCGGGAACGCCCAUCACCGCGCAGCUCAAGGACACGAACGACACGUACCUCGAGGCGUCCAUGUUCUGUGCCACAGUCGUGCUCGUCGGCAGUAUUGGCAUUGGUGUCUCGCGCGUUAUGCGCAGCAAACAGGUCGGCACUCCUUGGGUGUGA